AAAUAUGGACACUGCUGGUUUAAGUACUGAUUAUUGAUCCGUAAAACAAACAGCUAUUAUAUUAAACGUCCAGUUUAGUGUAUAUAGUAUUGUGUGGGUUGUGUGGAACUGACCAAAAUGGCUAACACGAAGGCAAUAGUUGAGGCUAAAAUAGCUGGGAAGAAAGUGAUGGUGUUUUCUAAGUCAUAUUGUCCCUACUGUAAGUUGGGAAAGAAAGUGCUGGAAGCUUACAUUGGGAAGGAACUUAAAGCUGAGGACUACGAAGUUUGGGAGAUAGAGAAUGAAGCUAACUGUGCAGAAAUACAGGCAGUACUUGGCAAAAUGACAGGCGCAACGUCGGUACCCCGUGUGUUCAUCAAUGGCAAGUUUAUUGGCGGAGGAUCUGAAACCCAAGAUCUGGACAAAAGCGGAGAGCUACGUAAAAUGUUGUCAUAGCACUGCCGAGCACAGUCGAGAUUCUUUUCUACAGUUCAGCACAAGAACAUUCAGUAAAAACCGGCGGAUUUUUUUAAAGAACUGUAAAAACUUGAAUCGUGUAAAUGUAUCAUCCUGAUUACCUGUAUUCAAUGAAACUAGUUUAUAGCCGGGAAUAUAGUGACAUCUUACUACAGAAACCUGUCAAUUUGUCACGGUGUUGUUUUCUAUUUGUUUCUUUAUAUUAAAUUAUGAUAACUUAUGUUCGUUCUGCCUCAAAGAUCUGCAAAAUCCUAGAUUUUAACCCAUAAUGCUAAUGUAUAUAAACCUAGAUUUUAACCCAUAAGGUAUGAUUUCACUACGAAUAAAUUGAUAGAAUCAAACUGAAUAUCCACAAAUACAAUUUAUACACACCAAAAUAUUAAAAAUCAACAACUUCAAUAAAUGUUGUAAAUGUUGUAAAUAAGAGAACAUAAAAAAUCAUGUAAAGAGGCUAAAGAGAAUGCAAGGCCAGCAUCUUUUUAUGACGCAAUGAUAAAUACUAUUUGUUUAAAACAACAUCAUGGGAGCUUUUAAAGGCCACAAUGCCAACACCUUAACUAAAGCGCGUUUCGGGUACGGUAAAGCUUUUCUAUGUACAUCUGGCAACUCUGGUAACUGUUUUUGUGGUAACACGACAGAGAGCCUCGUUACAAACAGUUACACCGACCGUGACAGAUUAUCAUAUUGUGGUGUGUGUAGCCAACUCUGAGGUGCGUAAGAUGCAACGUAUUUAAAACAUGAGUGCAAACCUUAACAGGAGGAAAAUUGACAGUUCUAAACAAGCAUUGUAUCACUUACAUUGGUUGCCAGUGAAAGCAAGAAUUGAGUUCAAGAUACUUUCUUUCAUGUAUAGCUGUCACACUGGCAGAGCACCCCUGUAUUUAACAGAAUUGUUUACAGAGUAUAUUUCUAGUAGACAAGGUUCGAGAUCGUCUGAAAAUUCUGAAUGUCAUGAUGUUGUUCCAUACAACAAGUGCAAAACAUUUAAUGAUAGAAGUUUCUGUACUACUGGUCCAAAACUUUGGAAUGAACUGCCGCUAGAACUACGCAAAAAGUAAAUCACUUGACACAUUCAAAACAUUAAAAAAAAAAUCUUAAGACAUUGUAUUUCAGAGAAUUCGCGGCAUUGUUUUAAUUUUUUUUUUUGAUAACUGUUUAUUAUGCGAAAACAGCAGGUGAUAGUUCUUAAAUUUUUGUAAAAGCUUUUACAUUUCAACAUUUAUAUUUCUAAGGUUUGUCUAAUUAAACGCACUUGUUGGUAAGGCUCUAUGGGUAGGGUAGUGUGUAGUAUUUCUUUCUUAAAUAGUAUAUGAUGGAACCAUUAACCGGGGGGUUUGAACCUCUGUAUGCAGCUCGUCUUGGCGUACCAUGUGAUGAUUUAAGCACUGGUAUUCGCAAUAGGGGUAAAAUGACCUCAAGGGGAGGGGUGCGGUCAUGAAUGUUUCAACACAAUGAUGCUGUUAUUAUUAUUAUUGCCAUUAUUAAUAUUGUUAUAAUAAUAAUAAUUAUUAUUAUUAUGUACAACGCCAUUGAAUAUAUCAUUGUAUAAAUAGGCGUUUAAUCAAAUUAUUCAGUUUCAGUUUUAAGUUUCAGUGUGUGUGUUGCAAAGUCUAGGUCGCUCACAUUUAUAUUGCCUAAUGGUUAGUCUGGCUACCGAUCAGAUAGUACUUUUUCAUUCUUUAUUCUAAUACAUUCAGACUCUGAUUAUCUAAUGUUUUGA